UGCUGCGCUGGCUGCAGACACAGGCAGGCACCAUGAAGCUGUCUCUCCUGCCCUGGACCCUGCUGCUGCUGGUGACAGCCCCCGACCCAGGCCCCUGGCCUGCAGCAGGUGCCCAGGGGAGCUGCUCCUACCGUUGUGGAGUCCAGGAUGGGCCGUGCUCCUGCCACCCGACCUGCUUCGGCCUGGCCAGCUGCUGCUCGGACAUUCGGGACUUCUGCCUGGAGAUCUUGCCCUACUCGGGCUCCAUCAUGGGUGGCAAGGAUUUUGUGAUACAGCAUCUCAACUGGUCCAACCCCACUGACAGCGUGAUCUGCAGCUUUAAGGAGAGCAUCCAGACCCGCGGCUUCGUGGACUCCUCGGGACGAGUGCACUGUGUGUCACCCUUGCUCUAUGAGACCGGCCGCAUCCCCUUCACGCUCUCCAUGGACAAUGGCCGCUCCUUCCCACGCUCAGGCACCUGGCUGGCUGUGCACCCCAGCAAAGUGUCAGAGUCCGAAAAGAGCCAGCUGGUGAAUGAGACCCGCUGGCAGUACUACGGCACCGCCAGCACCCAGGGUAACCUCACCCUGACCUGGAACACCUUGGCUCUGCCCACAAACUCCAUCACCGUAGAGCUAUGGGGCUACGAGGAGACAGGGAAGCCGUACUCCCAGGAGUGGACGGCAGCGUGGUCAUACCUGUACUCCUUGGCCACAAGCAUCACCAACUCCGGCUCCUUCACCUUCACACCAAAACCUGCACCUCAAGACUACCAGAGGUGGAAAGUGGGUGCCCUUCGCAUCGUCAACAGCAAACACCACGCAGGGGAGAAGGACGUGCACGCACUCUGGAGCAACGAGCAUGCGCUAGCCUGGCACCUGGGCGAUGACUUCCGGGCAGACCCUGUGGCCUGGGCCCGAGCUCAGUGCCUGGCCUGGGAGGAGCUGGAGGACCAGCUGCCCAACUUCCUGGAGGAGGUGCCCGACUGCCCCUGCACCCUGGCCCAGGCCCAGGCUGACUCUGGCCGCUUCCAAGCAGACUACGGCUGUGACAUCGAGCACGGCAGCGUGUGCACCUAUCACCCAGGGGCUGUGCACUGCGUUCGCUCCGUGCAAGCCAGCCCCCUAUAUGGCUCAGGCCAGCAGUGCUGCUACACGGCGGCGGGCACACAGCUCCUGACAGCCGACUCCACCAGUGGCAGCACCCCAGACCGUGGCCACGACUGGGGCGCACCCCCAUACCGCGUGCCGCCCCGCGUGCCGGGCCUCUCCCACUGGAUCUACGACGUCAUCAGCUUCUACUAUUGCUGCCUCUGGGCGCCCGAGUGCUCCCGCUACAUGCAGAGGCGGCCCUCCAGCGACUGCCACAGCUACCAGCCCCCGCGCCUGGCCUCCGCUUUCGGGGACCCGCACUUUGUCACCUUCGAUGGCACCAACUUCACAUUCAACGGACGCGGCGAGUAUGUGCUGCUGGAGGCCUCUGGGACUGACCUGAGGUUGCAGGCGCGGGCCCAGACCAGGAUGACGCCCGAGGGCUCUCAGGACCGAGGCACAGGGCUGACUGCUGUGGCUGUCCAGGAGGGCAACUCAGAUGUGGUAGAGGUCCGGCUGAGGGAUGGGGCGGGGGCCCUGCAGGUGCUGCUGAACCAGGAGGUGCUCAGCUUCAAGGAGCAAAGCUGGAUGGACCUGAAGGGCAUGUUCCUGUCAGUAGCUGCUGGGGACAGAGUAUCAGUCAUGCUGUCAUCAGGGGCCGGCCUGGAGGUCAGCGUCCAGGGUCCGUUCCUGAGUGUGGCGGUCCUGCUGCCCGAUAAGUUCCUGACCCACACACGAGGCCUCCUUGGGACACUCAAUGACAACCCCUCAGACGACUUCACCCUGCGCAGCGGCCAGGUCCUGCCCCCCAGUGCCAGUUCCCGAGAACUGUUCCUGUUUGGGGCUGACUGGGCUGUGGAGAACGCCUCCUCCCUGCUCACCUACGACUCCAAGUUCCUCGUGGAAAAUUUCCUGCUCCAGCCCAAGCAUGACCCCAGUUUCCUGCCCCUCUUCCCCGAGGAGACCACCUCCAGCCCCAGCCAGGAGAGUGAGGCGGCCAAACUGUGUGGGGACAACAAUUUCUGCAACUUCGACGUGGCGGCCACUGGGAGCCUGAGCGUGGGCAACGCCACGCUGUUGGUCCACAGGCAGCACCUGCUUCGCGCGCAGAGCCUGCAGCCCGUGGUGUCCUGUGGCUGGCUGCCUCCGCCCUCCAACGGGCACAAGGAGGGCAUGAGGUACCUGGUGGGCUCCACUGUCCACUUCCACUGCGACAGCGGCUACAGCCUGGCCGGGGCCGAGGCCAGCACCUGCCAGACUGAUGGCACCUGGUCCCAGCCCACCCCGACUUGCCAGCGAGGACGGAGCUACGCGGUGCUGCUGGGCGUCAUCUUUGGAGGCCUGGUGGUGGUGGCCCUCGUCGCGCUCGUCUACGUGCUCCUAUGCCGCAGGAAGAGCAACACGGCCGUCUGGGGUUCGCAACCCUGAGGGAAGCACGCUUGUCCGGCGGCCAAGGGCACACAGGACCUCCCCGGGGCCAAAGACCAGCCUCCCAAACUCCCAAGAACGUGCACCCCAGUACUUGGAUCCACAAAUCCCUACCACCAUACACCUGGGACACGGACACCUGAACCUGAGCUUUUAAAGCCCGGUGCCCUGCUCUGUCACCAAAGACCCGGACCUUGAGCGGUCACUGUGGAGUUCCCGAGGCUCUGUUCCCCACAUACCCCUCUUAAUUCCCCAGGCCCGAGACUCCGUACCCUUGAAUUCUGAGGCCUGUCUCCCGAGCCCUAAUACUCCAGCACCUGAUAUUCAAAGGCCAGUACCAGUACCUCAGAUCCCUUGCCCAUGAUGCUGAUUCCCAGUAUACUGAGUCGUGGUGCCCCAACAGGGGGCCCCAGGGCCGAGCUGCCUUGAUUCCCAGACCCUGGGCCUGGCCUGAGACUGUAGGUGGGUCCAGACUUGGGUGUGGAGAGUCACCCUCUAAGCUCCAGGCUUGUAAUUCUAAGUCUCUGGAACAUCUCCUGAAACACCCCUCCCUGCCUGUUGGGGGAGAAAACAAGCCUUUGGUGCUCCUUCCCUGGUGUCCUCAUGCUCGUGCUGCACCUCGGUUCCGGGGAGUCCCACGGUUGCCCUGUGCGGUCCACAGCACCCAGAGCAACCUGGGUCUGAGGCCUUCGUCCACCGGCAGGUCACCUGGGACCGGUCUCUCCCCAGCUUCUGUCUCUCCAUCUGUAAAGUGGGAUCUAGAACAAUGACCACGUUGUGGCGGGGAGGGGAAGCGUUCUCCAUGGGGUGCUACGCUGGGCACUCAAGAGAAGGGACAGGGCUGGGCGGCCCACCCUCCCCCAAUGUAGGGAGCAAGCAAGCUGGCAGCCUGGCCCUGGGCCCCCCACCCUGCCCUGUCACAGCCCCAGAGGCAGUCUGGUAAUGCGAUGCCCAACUGGUCCCGGUCCCUGAGCCCUUUGCCCAGGAGUGUCCAGAAGCUAGUACAGGGCCCAGGUGUCAUGCCAUCACUGCCCCGUUUGUAGCAAGGGUGCUGAAUGGGGGCUGUGGGCAGGCCUGGGCAGGGUAGGAUGGGGUCAGAUUUGCAUCAUAGGUGUUAGAUGGAGAAAGCACCCGGGAGUGUGGGGUUGGAGGUUGGUGCCCCCUGGCCAGGGCGGGCAGCUCUGCCUGAGAGGAGUGAGGGGCAGGGGGUUGCCCACGAGAUCUGGAGCCCUGGUUGGGAGGCUGAGUGAGGACCCUUCACCGCAGCACCAAGAGUGGCCACGUGGGGGCAGCAGAGGGUAAGAACAGUGGAGGCGGAGGCUACACAGGGACCCAGGCCAUCAGGGAGAGCAGUGCAGUUGGGCCAGCAGGCUUGUGGUCACAACCCCGGCCAAGGUUCAUGCAGACCCACCUCUUCGUCUCCCUCAUCUGGGGGGGUGACCUCGAGUCGUCCCCCAGUCUCAGAGGUUGCAUGGGUUACUCAAGGUCGUCCAGCUGGCACUGACCACUUGGAUCGGAGGCCAGGCCUCCCUAUCUCCUCAGCCUCACCUUUGGCAGAGGGGUGAGCAGGGGCAGCGGCAGAUCCCGUCUGCAGGGAUUCCUGGAGUGUGCACAGUGGGGCACAUUUGAACAGAGCUAAGACGAGAUUGGGGGGCUGGGAGUCCUGGGGGUGGUGCUGAGGAGACUCUGGUGGAGGCGGAUGGGGUCAGUGCUUCUUGUCCUUCCAGACCCCACCCACCUCCCCCCAACCUCUGGGCUUCCAGCUCAGGACAGGGAGGCUGAGGGCCCACCCUUUGGCCCCUGGGCAGGUACUUUCCUCUCUGCAGAUGAGGUAAGGCAGGGCUGGCCUCCCACCAACCUGAGCCCCAGUGCCUCCUUGCCGAGCCAGGCCGGGCCAGGCCCUUGACGGUGGGUGAGGGUCAGGUUCCUGGUCAGAGCAGGAGGGCAGGGGCAGCAUCACUGCUCCCAGACUGGCCUCAGAGGUUUGAUUGGUCAGAGAGCUUUCCAGGUAGAGGAACAGCCUGGGCAAAGGCUCAGAGGAUGGGCAGUGCACUCAGGUCUGAGGAGUAACGUGGAGGGCAGCAGUAGAGGUGCCUCCCCUGCCAGGCUUCAUCCUGAAAGUAAAGCAUGGCCUCCCUCAGGCCCCCUACCCUACUCUUGUCCCUCUAAGGUAGGCCCUGGAGCUGCCCUGGCAGGAGAAGGGCUACAUCGUGGCCCUGGCCCCAGAUGUCAGGCCUUCCCAGUGCCAGGGGCCGGCCAGGCUGGGAAGCCCCAACACCUGGCAGGGGUUUUCCCAGGGACCCGUCGGGAGUCUGGGGUGCUGCAGGGCCUGUGUGAGGGCACAAGAUCCCAGAGCUGGGCAGAGACUCCCUAGAAACAUCAACGGUAGGCACCCUGGCCUCAGAGAGGUGGUCUCCCCAAACCACAGCCCCAGGGAGUGACGGCACCAGAACCCAGCGGCCAGUCCCCUGUCCCUUGUACUAGUUGGGAUUUUGAGGACAGUAAUCCAGGGACUUGGAAAUGCAGGUAAUGAGAGAGCUGGGAAGUGAAAUAGGAGCCAGCGAGGGACAAAGGGUGGGGGAGGCCAAGGAGCCAGGCCAGGUCCCCAAGAAAGAGAACAUGCGGUUGUGUGGGGCCCUCACCACAGAGGCAGUUGCCCCACCAGCAGAGACCUCUAGCCUCCCGAGGAGGGGAAGCACCACUUCCCCUCCAGCCUCCCACUUGGGCCUCCUGUUGGCUGAACAGUGGGAAGGGGCUGAUGUGGGGGGAAGGGACCGAUGUGGGGAGUAGGGACCCCUCUGCCAGGCUGCUUCCUCCCACAAAGCCCCAGGUGACCGAGUCCCUGCCCCGGGCCAGGCCUCUGCUGGGAGACCCCUGUCCCCAUGGUCCAUGCUGCUCUGGAGGAGGGUGUGAUCGGUGUAGUGCAUUGUGGGAGCAGGAGGCCAGGUGGGUGCUUCUUGGAGGAGUCUGGUUCCAGCUGAAUUUCAGAGGACAGAAGCCAUUAGAGAAGUGAGGUCCAGUAGGUACUCUGCAGCCACACAGGCCGGGUGCCCUUCCGAAAGCACUGGACUACAUUCCCCAGCACCCUUUGCAGUCGGUGCAGUCAUGUGCCUGGUUUCUAGCAGGAGGGGGUGGGGCAGUUCCAGGACUGGUCCUUAACACCUCCACAGGCAACCCCCUGCAGGCCCUUCCCCCUGCUCCCGAUGUUGCACAGGUGACUGGAAGCCAUGCCAACCUAGGUCCCUAGCAUGUGGAAGGAUCUCCCCAUCCCCACCUGUUCACCCAUCCAGUACUGCUUUGGGAACAAAAAAUAAACUUCCCUUGUGAGUAAGCCAUAGUACAUUUUGGGGUCUAUGUGUUGCAGCAAUUGGUCCCCUGAGCUAUACACAACAGGCAGAGAUGUGAAAAGAUGGCCUUAUGUUUUUCAUCAGUGUUGAAGAUAAAUACUAUGUGCAAAAGGUUUUAAAAAAUUCAGUGGAUCUUCCAAUGUUCAUAGCAGCGUUAUUCACGAUAGCCAAAAGGUGGAGGCAACUUAAGUGUCCAUCAACAGGUGAAUGGAUAAUCACACGUGGUCUGUCUGUACAAUGGAAUAGUAUCGGGUCAUAAAAAGGAAGGAUAUUCUGACCACUGCUACAACAUGGAUGAACCUUGAGGACAUUAUACUGAGUGAAAUAAGCCAGACACAAAAGGACAAAUACAGCAUGAUUCCAUUUACAUGAGGUCCCUAGAGCAAAUUCAUAGAGACAGAGGGUAGAAUAGAGGUUGCCAGGGGCUGUGGAGGGGAAAUGGGGAGCUAUUGUUUUUGGCAAGUUCCCUGACCAGGGAUUGAACCCAGGCCGUGGCAGUGAAAGCACCAAAUUCUAACUACCAGACCACCAGGGAACUCCUGGGAGCUGUCAAUUAAUGGGGACAGUUUCAGUUUGGGAACAUGAAAAGGUCGAGAGGGGUGGUGGUGAUGGUUGUGCAACCAUGUGAAUGUACUUAAUGCCACUGUGCUGGACCCUUAGAAAUGGUUAAGACGGUAAAGUUUUUGUUAUUUGUUUUAUUUUUUUAAUUUAUUUAUAUGUUUUUGCCUGCGUUGGGUGUUCAUUGCUGCGCACGGGCUUUCUGUAGUUGCGGCGAGCGGGAGCUACUCUUCAUUGUGGUGCGCGGGCCUCUCAUUGCGGUGGCUUCUCUUGUUAUGGAGCACGGGCUCUAGGCACGUGGGCUUCAGUAGUUGUGGCACAUGGGCUUAGUAGUUGUGGCACGCAGGCUGUAGAGCACAGGCUCAGUAGUUGUGGCGCAUGGGCUUAGUUGCUCCACAGCAUGUGGGAUCUUCCCAGACCAGGGCUCGAACCUGUGUCCCCUGCAUUGGCAGGCAGAUUCUUAACCACUGACCCACCAGGGGAGUCCUGUGUUAUUUGUAUUUUACUACAAUUAGAAAAUUUUAAAACUCAAACAGAGGAAUUUACUUAGUCAUUCCCCAGGUGGUGGACAGUCUUGCUUCUUCAAACGCUGUUGUGCUUGGUAAGUAAGUUCAGAUUCACCUGUAGGGGAAAUUCACACAAGAUGAUGGGCUGGGGUUUUUGUUUUUGUUUUUUUAAUUUAUUUAUAUUAUUUAUUUUUGGCUGUGUUGAGUCUUUGUUGCUGCACCCUGGCUUUCUCUAGUUGUGGCGAGCCAGGGCUUCUCAUUGCGGUGGCUUCUCUGGUUGUGGAGCAUGGGCUCUAGACACGCGGGCUCAGUAGUUGUGGCUCACGGACUCUAGAGCGCAGGCUCAGUGGUUGUGGCGCAUGGGCCUAGUUGCUCCACGGCAUGUGGGAUCUUCCCAGACCAGGGCUUGAACCCGUGUCCCCUGCAUUGGCUGGCAGAUUCCUAACCACUGCGCCACCGGGGAAGUCUGAUGGGCUGGUUAAACGACACAUUUGUUUUCCUCCUAGAGUUGUACCCGCUGACACUCACCACCAACCUACGCGAUUGCCAGGCCCCCUACACCCUCAUCAGCGUAAGGAGCCUUCAGAUUUUUUGCUCUUUGUCAGUUAGUGAAACACACUGUGGGGCCUCCGUCAGGCUGACCGGCAUUCCCAGAAUUCCCUUCCCAAUGUGUUUUGGGUUAGGACCACAAGAGAGAUUCCUGUGCAGGAUUGGGAGGGCGGAAGGGAAUUGGCAACCUCUUUUGUAAGUCACACUCCUUGUGGCACGCCUGCUGACCCAGCUCAUCAAGCACCAGCGGAAUCCAGGCAACUACUCCACCUCCUCCCAGUCCACCCUCAGUCCAUUCUCCUGGGUCAGGUGUGUGACAAAGCAGUCCAGCUGCUACAAGAAACCUUCGUCGCCCUUGGCAACAAGAAGGGAUGUGGGCUUCAGGCCAUCCUCGUGGGCUCCAGUCAGCUCUGGAUCCUCCCUCCACUUUCCAUGCAUCUUCCCUCCUGACUCUGCCUCAUGGACCUCAGGCUGCAGCAUCCCAUGGGAGACAGUAGCCUUACAGGGACCCCUUGCCCAGUUCCCAUGGUGUGGGCCCUGCUUCUUUGAUGGAACUCUGCUAAAUAAAGUAUAAGUGUAAGCAAGAGAGUGCACUGCUCAGGGUACAGCUUGUGAGCAUGCCCAGUGAACCACCACUCUGGUCACCCCUAACAUUUUCUCUAUCAGACACUGUCCUCUCCCUCCUCCUCAGGUCAACCACCAAUUUCUCACCCCAUAGGCGAGUUCUGCCUGGUUUGUCCUUCACACAGGUGGAAUCCUAGAGUUUUUCUGAGUAUUAUUUCAGCUAAUGAAUUUGUUUAUCCAUUUCCCUGUUGAGGCGCUUUGGGGUGGUUUUCAGUUUGGAGCUAUAAUGGCUAGUGCUGUAAACAUUCUUGUA